AUGGCCUCAAAUUCAGUUUCGUUCGUGGCUAAUCCGCAAACUCCUAACAAGCCCAAAUACACUUCGAACGAGCGAUCCUCCGUAUCUUCCACGUCGUCUUUGCUUUCAGCGGGCUCGCCAUUGUUGAACCAGAACAUGGACCUAGCGCGGCUGGGUUCAUUGCCUUUCCGUUCUGGAAAUUCCAGGGGUAAGACACAAAAUGUUAAGUUCUUUAGAACGCGCUCCUCACGGGCCUCUAACUUGGAACCCGAUGAUGCCUACGAUAUCAGCACUAUUGAUCAGGAGGGCAUGGGCUCUCAAUAUCGCGAGAGUUUUUCCUCCGGCGGUCUAGACUCGUCUAGUGAGUGGAUCCUAUUUUCUCCGGGCCCUUCAGAAACGGGAAAGCCCGCAGAGGAUCCUUAUUACGACGACGUUUUGAGCACGUCUCUAGAGAAGACCUCUACACAGGAUGCGAACGAGGAAAGCUUCGUUAAUGUACAAGAUGAAGCGGACGAUGACGACUCUCUGAUCGAAGAUCUUCAAGAACACAUUAAUUUUGACAUACCGUAUAGAAAGGAGGAUUUAAAUUCUCGGAUCGACAGCUGGCGCAAACAGCAAGUCUCCAUCCUUCUCAAGGACCUUGCUGGAGACCAGAGUGAACUGGAUGAUGACACAAUCGAGCUCAUUAAGGCCUGGGGAAUUGACGACACUGGGCCGGGAGAUAUCUACCAGAACAUAUGGUUAAAGCAAACACCUGUCAUUGAUACGCAUUACGGUGAUGGUAUACUAAAGAGCUAUUCAAAGGAGGAUCUCAAGGUACUUAGGCAAAUAUUGGUGAAGCUUUCUGACUCUCUGAGGAGGACCGUCAAGUCUAGAUACGUCAAGCCACAGUUAAGCCAGGCGCCAACGAGAACAACUUCGAUGGCGACAAUCACCGAAGCUUACACAAACACAGCCAAGAAACGGGAUCCUGACCAGUUCAUGAACAACAAGAGUCUUCAAAAGUACAUACCCUACUUUUUGAAAAACCUCAUCAUCACUUCAGACUUGCUGCCACAGUUCGAGAACUUUGAUGUCGAUGACGCAAGCGAAGACGAGCGACAGAAAAUAAUCACAGACGAUGGACCUAUGGCACCCUAUGUUGCUGCUCGUAAAGAGAGUAUAAUAUCUAAUUUUUCGGAGGGAGUCAGAAUGCAGGCAAUUGAUGGUGGUCGUCGGAGAAGCAAAGGGCUUGCCAGACGCAACAGCAGCGAUAAUUUUUGGGACGCGUCUGACCUGAAGAGUGUCAAUUCAAGUAUAUUGACGUACUCUACAGGCAGCAUUGUAGGCUUUUAG